UCCUCCACCUUGGCCUCUACGCCAACUGUGCCUCUGGGUAUUCGAACUGUGGAAGACUCCUAAAGCCAAUGAGUUACCAACGUCAUCAAUAAGCCAUUCAGUUACAUGUAGCGGGGAGUCCUCAAGAGUGGGCGAAUUGAGUUUAUUCCCGCUUAGCUCCGGCUGUGUUUGGUAGCGUCAGAAGGAUCAGAUCGACUUGCCCUUGGCUUACGGGUUACUAGCCAAUCGAAUUCUCAGGAAUACCGUCAGCCAUCCAAGUUCACGACCUGUUGUUUUCCAGUUCAUUAAGACUCUUGUGAACAAAUUUCAUUUAGAGGACGGAGAUACGAAGUCUACGAUUGCAGAGAGCUCGGCGUAUAUACUCAAAAAUGGAUAUAUAUAUCUCGAGAAGUGAGCCCUUGACAAUGGCUUCAAGCAGAACAUCAUCACACGUUCUUCAUCAAUUACUUGAUCGCACAUCAACUCGCUGGUUAUAAAACUGCCUCUGCACCCUACCCAAGGCAAGCCCACGGCCUUCCAUACAAACAAAAUGACAUCCCAUCCCAGAAAGACUAUUGCCAUAAUCGGUGCAACUGGGAACCAAGGAUUCUCUGUUGCAGAGACCUUUUCAUCGCUCCCCGGCUGGCACAUCCGUGCAAUCACUCGGUCUCCAUCGUCGGACAAAGCAAAAGAACUCGCUCAGAUGGGGUGCGAGAUAGUCCAAGCAGACCUUGCGGAUAUCCCAUCUCUAUCUCGCGCCUUCGACGGUGCACAUGCCAUCUUUCUCAACACCGAUUUCUGGGCGACGUACCGCGCGUCUGCCCUGGCGGGCGACGAUCCGGAGAAGAGCGCCAAAUUAGGCUUUGAAACAGAGAUCCAGCACGGCAAGAACGCUGCCCUGGCGGCUGCGGCCGUGCCGACUCUGGAACGCCUGGUUUAUUCUGCCCUGGGCCCGAUGAACGCUGCUUCGGGCGGGAAGUAUCCGACCUCGUACCACUGGGAGACGAAGGCUCUCAUCGUAAACUACAUCGAGAAAGAGCAGCCAGAGCUCGCUGGGAAAAUUUCCUUCGUCUAUAUGGGCGCGUAUGCUACCAACCCUCUCCUCUCUCCGAAGCCUGACGCCUCCACUGGUGAAUAUAGAGCACUGCUUCCCUGCAGCGGCAAGACCCGCAUGCCCAUCUGCGACGAGACCAGAUCUCCUGGGCCCUUUGUUCGAGCUCUUGUCGAAGACGAAGCUGCUGGUGUGAAACUCCUUGCGUAUGACAGCUACUUGACCAUGGAAGAGGCCGUCGAGGCUUGGUCGAGAGUUACGGGCAAGAGCGCCACGGUGGUUGCUCUGAGCAUUGAUGAGAUGAGCAGACGUACUGGCGUGCCUCACGAGGUUCUCUGGGCACCCGCAUUCGUUGAAGAAUUCGGGUUCAUGGCUGGGGUGGAAGGUUUCAUCGAACCCGCCCAGUUGCAGAAAAAGGUGACCACGGCGAGUUAUGAAGAAUGGCUGAGGACGAGAGAUAUGAACCAGUUACUUUCACGCGAUUUCACUAUAUAAAUUCUUCCCACAGGCAUUCCCUCAAUCUCUUGUCUAAGGUGUGUGUGUCUACUGCAUGAUUGAGGUAUCUGCUCUAGUUCGAUAGCUUGACCUAGCGUGUUCAGGAUGAUGAAGAGUAUAAUCUAAAUAGGAAGAUUGAGACGCCCCUGGUUCAUGUAUCAAUGUCACUUAUAACCUUUAUGGAAAUAGAACGGGUUUUGCGAUGCA